AUGAAAACAACAAUUUUCAUUGUUUUUUUAUUGUGUAAGACGAAUGAACUCAUUCAUUUAUUCGAUUGUUCUUUUAUUCGGUCGUUCUUUUAUUGUCAUUCUUUUAUUAGGACGUUCUUUUAUUCUGUCAUUCUUUUAACUGUCGGUCUUUUAUUCAGUCAUUCUUUUAUUCCGUCGUUUUUUUGUCCGGUGUUAUUUUAUGCAGUCAUUCUUUUAUUCAGUCAUUCUUUUAGUUGGCUGUUCUUUUAUUCAUGCGUUUUUUUAUUUGGUCGUUCUUUUAUUUAUUCUUUUAUUCAGUCAUUCUUCUUAUUCAGUCAUUCAUUUAUUCGGUUGUUCUUUUAUUCAGUCAUUCAUCUAUUCAUUCAUUCUAUUUAUUCAGUGAUUCUUUUAUUCGGUCAUUCUUUUAUUUAUUCUUUUAUUCAGUCAAUCUUUUAUACAGCCAUUCUUCUUAUUCAGUCAUUCAUUUAUUCGGUUGUUCUUUUAUUCAGUCAUUCAUCUAUUCAUUCAUUCUAUUUAUUCAGUGAUUCUUUUAUUCGGUCAUUCUUUUAUUUAUUCUUUUAUUCAGUCAUUCUUUUUAUACAGCCAUUCUUCUUAUUCAGUCAUUCAUUUAUUCGGUUGUUCUUUUAUUCAGUCAUUCAUCUAUUCAUUCAUUCUAUUUAUUCAGUCAUUCUUUUAUUCGGUCAUUCUUUUAUUUAUUCUUUUAUUCAGUCAUUCUUUUAUACAGCCAUUCUUCUUAUUCAGUCAUUCAUUUAUUCGGUUGUUCUUUUAUUCAGUCAUUCAUCUAUUCAUUCAUUCUAUUUAUUCAGUCAUUCUUUUAUUCGGUCAUUCUUUUAUUUAUUCUUUUAUUCAGUCAUUCUUUUAUUAGCCAUUCUUCUUAUUCAGUCAUUCAUUUAUUCGGUUGUUCUUUUAUUCAGUCAUUCAUCUAUUCAUUCAUUCUAUUUAUUCAGUGAUUCUUUUAUUCGGUCAUUCUUUUAUUUAUUCUUUUAUUCAGUCAUUCUUUUAUACAGCCAUUCUUCUUAUUCAGUCAUUCAUUUAUUCGGUUGUUCUUUUAUUCAGUCAUUCUUUUAUUCAUUCAUUCUUUCUAUUCAGUCAUUCUUUUAUUCGGUCGUUCUUUUAUUGUCAUUCUUUUAUUCGGUCAUUUUUUAUUCACUUAUUCUUUUAUUCAGUCAUUCUUUUAUUCGUUCGUUGUUUCUCAACUUUAUUUCUUUCAAAUCAAAUCUCUUUCUUUCGUUCAUUCUCAUCAUAGUUUUCUUUUUAUCUGUUUCUUUCUUUAUUUCUAAUCUUUAUUUCCUUCUUUCUUUUAUUUGUUUCUUUCUAUCUAAUCAAAUUUCUUUCUUUCUUUCCAUUUUUCUCAUCGUUGAUUCAAUUUUAUUCGAGUCUUUCUUUCUUUCUUUCUUUCUUUCUUUCUAA